CUGUUGGGACUUGAUUGGUUUCCUUCCCUUGGCCUUAGUGUAACUGGGAUCCAUGCUGUCUCAACUUCUGACGUAGAUACAUUAUUUUCUGAUUUUUCUGACGUAUUUAGCAGCGAGCUGGGUUGCUAUUCGGGCACCCCCAUCUCAUUUUCUGUAGAUCCCCAGGCAAUCCCUCUCCGCCUUAAGCCACGCAGGGUGCCUUUCGCCAUCCGUCCUAAAUUGGACGCAGAAUUAGACAAACUACUUAAACAAGGGGUGUUAGAACCUACUGAUUUUGCCAAAUGGGAGACCCCCAUAGUCACCCCACUCAAGAAGGAUGGCAGUUUAAGAAUCUGUGCAGACUAUAAAACCACGCUCAACCGUUAUUUACAGGUCAGCGCAUACCCCGUCCCUGUUAUUCAGCACCUCUUACACACAUUCGAACCCGCUGAAUUACAAACCAUAGUCACGCAUAGAGGGGCAUUCAAAUGUAAGCGCCUCCAAUUCGGGGUCAGUGUGGCCCCGGGUAUUUUCCAAUCACUCAUGGAACGGAUUCUCCAAGGUCUCCCAGGAGUUGUUCCGUAUUUCGAUGACAUCUUAGUCCAGGAACUGUCGAGGCUACAGGGAUGUCUAUUGUGGGGUACAAGAGUAGUCAUCCCAGCCACCCUUCGAGUACCCAUCCUGAAGGUGCUUCACGAGGGCCAUCCGGGCAUCGUAAGGAUGAAGGCGUUGGCCCGCAGCUACGUUUGGUGGCCCGGCAUGGAUGCUCAAAUCGCUGACUGGGUAAGCUCUUGCCAACCUUGCCAAGAAACCAGGGCUGCCCCGCCAGCUGCCACGCCCACCAGGUGGGAAAGUGCUAGUGCCCCUUGGUCUCGCCUGCACAUCGACCUGGCUGGGCCAGUGCAUGGCAGGACUUUCUUGGUGGUCGUGGAUUCCUACUCCAAGUGGAUUGACGUGGCCUUGCUUCCCAUGACCACCACCCAAGCAGUAGUCAAAGCCCUGACCCGUUUAUUUGUCACCCAUGGACUUCCAGACACGCUGGUGUCUGACAAUGGCCCGCAGUUCACAUCAUGUGAAUUCAGUAUGUACGUGGCUAAUUUGGGCAUCAGACAUGUCCUUACGGCCCCCUUUCACCCCGCUAGCAACGGGAUGGCAGAGGGAGCAGUUAGGUCAGCCAAGGAGGUUAGUGAUGACGGGUGA